GGCUUCGGCAACCGUGUGCGGCCUUCCUCCACGGCACCCGUACCGGAGUGAGCGACUUAAGUGCUGACUCUUCCAAGCUUGUGACGCCAGUGAAGCUGACAGUUUCGUUCCAGCCUUACACGCUGUGGAAGGUGUUCUAGUGUGUAGCAUCCCCACACCUGGUUCUUCAGUUUCCGGUGCGACUUCGUGCUUGGAUUCUUCUGGCUUGUAUUCAUCUUCGCUUUCCGUGCGGCGUUUCCGGAACCACCACACAGAAAAGGUCACGCGGAUGCCGCCACGCCCAUGACGUCACUUUCACUUCCUGUGUGACGUACGGGAAGUUAGGGUUAUCGCUCAGCUGUGCGAGGAGGGGGCCGUGCGCCUCGAAAGUUUUUCUCGGCUGCCGUUCCCGACCACGAGUGCAAAUGAAGAGAUCCGGCCGUAGGAAGAAGAUGUCGGCUAAUUUGCCCGGCGAGUUCGCCAAGUUCGCCAAGAACAGCAAGUAUUUGCGGCGGAUAUGGAGAGACACCAAAGCGUCGCUCGACGACAUCGCCAAGUGCGGCUAUUUCAGCGAAGACCAGCUUGCCCAGCUGUGUCUGAAUGAGACAGACGACCAGUUCAUUGGGAGCGCAGUGACUCAGCCUGUUGCCCUGGUGGUUCUUGGCCACAGCUGCUGGGCCAAGGCACGGGUGGUCAAUGAGCUGUUUGGCCAGGCGGUGCUGCCAGUCACCUCGCCUGUUGGGGAUGAAAGCCAGCUCACCUGGAGAAUGGUUCGUUUCUCAGCAGGUAACCAGACAGAGAUUAGCCUGGCCUUGCCCAAUAGUUUCGAGCUAGUGGAGCACUUGGCCGCCUAUGACCAGCCCUGGAGGACUAUUCCACGGGCUGACCUUGAGGUCGAGGCCGAGGCACGCAAGGAUCCAGCCCUGAGCACUGCUGCUCUGGAGAUCCGCAUGAAGCACCCACUGCUUCGGGACGAAGUGCAUGUUGUGGCCACACCUUGCAACGACAGCCUUUCCUUCGAGCAGACCUAUCGGCGAGCGACUGAAGGUUGCACUCCGCUGCUGUUAUAUGCAUUCGCAGAGGAAGCCUUCACAGAGAAGGAGCUGGCUGACCUGUACGAACUGAAGCGGAUCGCUCCCAAAACCCCAGUGCUGUUCAUCCGGGCCAACAUGCCAGCCACAUCGGAGUUGACGGAAUCUGAGCAACACGCUCGCAGUCUGCGCAAUGCCAGACUUGCAGAGCAGGUUCAGCUGUGCACAGCAUAUGUUGACGGCGAGAACAGUGGCAGCGAGGACAAACAGGCGGCGGAGACCCCCAUGCAGACCGAGGAGGAAGCCCCAAGGUCCGUAAUCACCUUGCCCGUGACAGCACAACAGCAGCUGAGCAACCUGGGCUACCUUUCCAAGCACUUUCCAGAGAAACAGCGGCACCAUGACCGGCGGAGGCCGAACAUGAGGUGCGCCAAUGGGUGCUCACCCAGCUCGGAGCUCGUCGAGAACUUCGACGACUUUGCCUGCAACGUCUGCCUGUUCGUACGGAGCGCUCUUCAGUCGUUGCUGGUGAGUGCCGCAUCACUGCUCAACACAACGCACUUGCACUGCCUGCGAACAUUCAUCCUGACGGCAUUCGACAUGACGCGGGACAUGAUGAUCACGCCCAAGCGGCUGGCGUAUGCGCGCAAGCAGGAGACGGGACUCUACCAUGCGCUUAUGGAGGUAGCCAGCCACAAGCAGGAGGAGAUCCGGCUACUCAUUGUGGGUGCCAUCGAAAACUUGCGCAGCGAGGUGCUUCAGCGAGCGGCCGAGUACCCCUUCGAAGGUGUCAUUGUGGACGAAGGUGAGCAGGCUGCCCCACCAACAGCCAGUGUCCUCCAGAUGUGCACAUCCCAGAUUCAGGACCUCGUGCUGGGAAUGCUCAAUGCAGCUGUCGCCGAGAAGCUUGUCGGCUCUAUGAACUGCCUUCGUGAGAGCUUUGUGGGCACUCUGGAGAGGUGCCUAGCAAGUCUGGAAGGCGUCUGCAAAGAAGACGACUGUAUGCAGGCCAGCAAUGCUCUCAAGCAAAUUCUCAAUGCAGCAUACCAGGUGGAGGUUACCGUGAAAACCAGCUCUUCGCUCCUCUGGGUCCUCUGGGAGAAAAUGAAGCAGCUUGUGCAGACACUGCCAGGUCGUGCUCCACCACGGAUCGACGCGGAGUGGCGCCAGAGGGUGGCCGCAGAUAUGCUAGAGUCACUGAGCGAGUGGCGGCUGGCACGCUGCAUCUGCGCUCAGUUCCGUGAGCGACUGCGGUCCUCGCAUGAGCAGUUUCAAGCUGCCAUGCGACAGCUGGAGGCUGUCCACUCCGGCCGCCUCGAGCGUACAGAGACGCAGAGGAUCAAGGUACGAAAGCUGCAUGCACCACGCCUGGCCCGCUGUGCCCUGGAGAGCACAUCCUUGCGGGACGAGAUCCUUUACGGGAUGCCCCAGCUGGGGCGUGAACUGGGCCGGGGCCAGUACGGCGUAGUAUACUCGAGUGAACCCUGGGGUGGGCGGUCUCCAUGCGCGGUCAAGUCAGUGGUGCCUCCCGAUGACAAGCACUGGAAUGACCUGGCCAUGGAGUUUUUCUACACACGCAGUGUGCCUGACCAUGACCGCAUUGUACAGAUACGGGGGUCUGUCAUUGACCACAACUACGCUGGUGGUACCACACCCGCGGUGCUGCUUGUCAUGGACCGCAUGCAGCGGGAUCUCUACACGGCCUUGCGAACAGGACUCAACUGGCCAGCCAGGCUCAGGGUUGCACUGGAUGUUGUUCAAGGCAUCCGGUUUCUUCACAGCCAAGGCCUCGUGCACAGAGACAUCAAGCUAAAAAAUGUCUUGCUGGACAGGGCGAACAGAGCAAAGCUGACAGACCUAGGCUUCUGCAAGCCAGAGGCGAUGAUGUCCGGCAGCAUCGUAGGCACUCCCAUCCACAUGGCUCCCGAGCUGUUCACAGGUCGCUAUGACAACAGCGUUGACACGUAUGCCUUCGGCAUCCUCUUCUGGUACAUCUGCGCGGGACAUGUCAAGCUGCCCUACGUCUUUGAGCAGUGCCAGACCAAAGAUCAGCUGUGGUCGUGUGUCCGGAAAGGUGCUCGGCCCGAACGACUGCCCCAGUUUAACGAUGACUGCUGGCGGCUAAUGGAGCACUGCUGGGCCAGUGACCCCCAGCGGCGGCCGCUGCUCGGUGAUGUGGAGCUUGUGCUCGAGGCCAUCUCGGAGCAACAGCAGCGGGAGGCCUCGCUCGCCGAGGAGACCCAGCAGCUCUCAGACAGCCUCUGUGCCAGCCAGCAGCAGCAGCAGGCGAGCGGCUAUGGCUACACUCCCUGCCGGCCAAUUGUGCCCACCAAGGACAAACGAGUACCUCCGAGAGGCGUCGAUGCAGUGACCGAAAGUGCGGACUUGUUUAUUGAAAUAUAUGCCCACCACAUGUGUUACUAGACGAGCCCACAUUGCUUCCUCUACCCUUUUUGUCUUUCUGUCAUUCUUUUUAUUGUAUUUUAUUUUCCUAAUGUAUUUACUUGUAAGUUCAGCUAAACUGACGCGAGCUUCCACGCACACAAGCAGACAUGUGGAACGUUUCUAGCGCUACCACCCUGAUCAUGACAAAGCAGGUCUGCAUGAAAGUCCUGUUUUCUUGUACAUAAGAUUAUUUUAUAUUUCAUGUACAUAAUGUAAUAAAAAAGAGUUAGUGUAGAUGUGUAUAUGUUUCGUGUUCCUGGUUUUAAGUACUAAUGAUGUGCAAUCUGUUUAUAUCACAUGUGGAAAAGCAGAAAAGUGUGCAUGGUGUACACAAAAUAAAGCAUUUGAACGUA